AUGUUCUUCACACAACCACCUCACCUGGCGAAGGCCGAGCAGCUCAAGCAAGAGCCUCCCAAGGGUACAGCGUACUCUGUUCCUAUUCCUGGCACUGAACAGCCUGGCCGCAGUCGGGUAUACCGAGCAUGGAAUGCGCAGAAGGAAUUGUUGACCACACUGGAUCCACAGGUCACCACUGCCCAUGACAUGUUCGAAUCGACCGCUAUCCGCCAGCCCAAGAACCACUGCCUCGGAUGGCGCCCGUUUAACCGCACGACGAAGACCUAUGAUGAAUAUUCUUGGCUCACUUAUGAGACUGUGCAGAAGAGACGCGCCGCGCUUGGUGCGGGUCUGGUGGAGCUCCACCACAAGCACAACUGCCAUCGCCCUGGGCAAUAUGGUGUUGGUCUCUGGUCUCAGAACCGACCUGAAUGGCAGAUCACUGAUCUUGCUUGCAUUUCUCAAUCCCUCUACUCUGUCUCCAUCUACGACGUCUUGGCCCCGGACGCUACCGAAUACAUCAUCAACCACGCCGAGCUGAACUGUGUUGUUACCUCUCUGCCUCACAUUCCCACCCUGCUCAAGCUCAAGGCUUCCCUCCCCAACUUGAAGAUUAUUGUCAGUUUGGACCCGCUGGAUGGCGGCGAGGAGAAUGGACACUCCAAGCGUGCGCUGCUUGAGUCUAUGGCUGCUGGUAUGGACCUCGCAAUUUACUCCAUGGACCAGGUGGAAGAGAUUGGCGCGGCUUCAAAGCGCGAAUACAACCCUCCCACUGCAGAUGAUAUCGUUACUAUCAACUAUACAUCCGGAACAACUGGACCCCCCAAGGGUGUGGUCCUGACACACCGCAGCGCGGUGGCUGCCACAUCCUGUGGUUUGGCCUUUAUUGGCCAGGCUCGAGGUGACACAAUGUGCUCUUACCUCCCAUUGGCCCACAUCUAUGCCCGUCUUGCAGAACAUACUGCUUUCUGGGGUGGUGCUCGAAUCGGCUACUUCCACGGAAAUGUCUUGGAGCUGGUUGACGACCUGAAGCUGCUUAAACCCACUGGCUUCAUGUCUGUUCCUCGUCUAUACAGCCGAUUCGGUACUGCUAUCCGUGCUGCCACAGUUGAGCAGCCUGGUUUCAAGGGUGCUAUGUCGCGACACAUUGUGGCGGCCAAGACCGCCAAUAUGAAGAACCCCGACCCCUCCAAGGCGACUAGCAAGCACGCCUUGUACGAUCGUAUCUGGGCCAAGAAGGUGGCUGCCGCUCUUGGUCUGGAGCGAGCCAAAUACAUGGUGUCCGGCUCCGCACCCCUCGACCCAACUCUGCACAACUUCCUGCGUAUUGCCACCGGUACCGAUGUUAUUCAGGGCUACGGUCUGACCGAGUCCUACGCCAUGGCCACCGCCCAGUCCCCUGAGGACUUGUCAUCCGGCAACUGUGGUCGUAUCGCACCCAGCAUGGAGGCAUGCCUGGUCUCCCUGCCCGACAUGGAAUACUCUGUGGACGACAAGCCCUUCCCCCGCGGUGAGCUCCUCCUCCGCGGCCACAACAACUUCCGCGAAUACUACAAGAACGAAGAAGAAACCUCCAAGGCCGUGACCGAGGACGGCUGGUUCCGCACCGGUGACGUCUGCACAGUCGAUGAGAGAGGCCGCUUCAUCAUCAUCGACCGCCGCAAGAACGUUCUCAAGCUCGCUCAGGGCGAGUACAUCUCCCCCGAGCGUCUGGAGGGAGUCAUCCUCUCCGAGCUCGGCUACAUUGGCCAGGCCUAUGUCCACGGCGACAGCAUGCAGACUUUCCUGGUCGGUAUUUUCGGCGUAUCCCCUGACAUGUUUGCUCCAUACGUCAGCAAGGUCCUAGGCAAGAACAUUGCCCCGACAGACCUUGACGCAAUCAAGGAAACUCUGAACGACGACAAGGUCCGUCGCGCUGUCCUCCGUGAUCUCGAGCGCAUGGCCAAGAAGCACAAAUUCGCCGGAUACGAGCGUGUCCGCAACGUCUCUCUCAAGCUUGAGCCCUUCACCGUUGAGAACAACCUCCUCACCCCAACUCUCAAGCUCAAGCGUCCCCCCGCUGUCAAGCUCUACCGUACACUCCUAGACGAGCUGUAUGCCCAGGCUCUCGAGGAGGAAUCCGCUCCCCGGGCUAAGCUGUAA